AUGAAUUACCCAGGAAGCAUUUCAACUAUUAUGAGCAAUGAUUCUGCAAAUAUAAUCAUUGGAUGGGAAGACUUAAGUCCUGGCAACUGUUACAUUUCCUAUACCACUAAUCCCACCUUAGGUGACUAUAUGUUGAACGUGUCAGCAAUCAAUGGCUACACGGAGAGCUUAGUCGCAACCCUGCUAGUACCAACUUUGGAGAAUGCGACACAAUGGGUUAAUGACAUAAGUGACUAUUGGGAACAGCUUUUUUACGAUGAUGAGACUGCUUUCUGCUCUCCAAAAUGCUAUUUCGGCCUGCCGGAGUCGGAACAUGAGUAA